AUGAUGGAAAAGGAGAUUCGAAAAUUAGGAAACACCGUCGGAAGUCUUUUAGAGUCUCUUCCUAUACGAGAGCGGGGGAGGGCGAUUCGUGAUAUCCAGAAGCUGGAAGAACAUUUCAGCAACAACUUGGACCACCAUCGUGGUGACAGUCCAAAACUCAGCACGCAGCUACUCCGUAUCGAAAUGAUAAGGAUGGUUCCUCGGUUAGACACAGAACCAAACAAGAGAUGGCCGCAUUUGCCUCGGAACUACAGCCAGGCCGUGGUAAACUUCUUAUCACGGCUUCCUCUUCCUUACCAGAUCCAGGCCUUAAAGAAGAUAAAUGAAAUCGCUAAAACCUUCGCCCUAUAUUCUUGUAAUCCGAAGGCUAAAGACUAG